AUGGCAGGAAUCUACAGCGCUACGUAUAGCGGUAUACCCGUGUAUGAAUAUCAAUUCGGCCCCGACCUCAAGGAGCAUGUAAUGCGCCGCCGCCAGGACGAUUGGAUCAAUGCAACACAUAUCCUGAAAGCCGCCGGCUUCGACAAGCCCGCCCGGACACGGAUUCUCGAGCGCGAAGUGCAAAAGGACAUCCACGAGAAGAUUCAAGGAGGAUACGGGAAAUACCAAGGGACCUGGAUUCCCCUUGAGCAUGGAGAGGCACUUGCCCAACGGAACAAUGUCUACGACCGUCUACGACCAAUUUUUGAGUUCCAGCCAGGCAACGAGAGCCCUCCGCCUGCGCCGAGACACACGAGCAAGCCAAAGGCCCCAAAAGCCAGGCCUGCCGUUCCAAAGUGGGGCAGUAAGUCUCAAGACAGAAAGAGCAGCCUGUCGCAAGCCGCCAACUUCUCACACGGUCCCCAAGGUGCUGCUGUACAUGAAGACUACGACAACGGAGACUCUCAGAUGCAUGAAGACGAGACUCCAGACAACAUGACGGUGGCCUCAGCCUCGUACAUGGCUGAAGAUGACCGCUACGACAUGUCCCAGUUCUCAACCGGCCACAGGAAGCGGAAACGCGAGGAGAUGUUGCAGGACUUAACUGAGCAGCAGCAUGCGAUGUAUGGCGACGAGCUGCUGGACUAUUUCUUGCUCUCUAGAAACGAGCAACCUGCAAUUCGCCCAGAUCCGCCCACCAACUUCCAGCCAGACUGGCCCAUUGACACGGAGCGGCAUACGGCGCUGCACUGGGCAUCCGCCAUGGGCGAUGUCGAAGUUAUCAAGCAGCUUAAACGGUUCAAUGCCAACUUGGCAUCGCAGAAUAUCCGCGGCGAGACGCCCUUUAUGCGGUCUGUUAACUUUACCAACUGUUACGAGAAGCAGAGUUUCCCAAUGGUCAUGAAAGAGCUCUUUAGCACUGUCGACGCUCGCGACUCUUCGGGGUGCACAGUUAUCCACCAUGCGGCAGUCAUGAAGAGCGGGCGGGUCACCAGUCAUUCCUGCUCUCGUUAUUACCUCGACAACAUCCUCAACAAGCUCCAAGAAACACGCUCAGCCGAGGAAGUGCAGCGCUUGAUUGACGCCCAAGACAACGACGGCAACACGGCUGUGCAUCUUGCUGCCAUGCGGGAUGCUCGCAAGUGCAUACGCGCGCUUCUUGGCCGCGGCGCAUCAACCGACAUUCCAAACAAUGAAGGCGUGAGAGCCGAAGAUUUGAUCAAGGAGCUCAACGCGUCCAAGAGCAAGGUCGCCCGCGCCGGCCCUCAGCGCUCGUCAAGUCCCUUCGCGCCCGAUUCGCAGCGACACAACGCCUUCCGCGAUGCCCUCGGCGACUCGGUCGGCAAGGUCCAGACCAGUUUCCACAGCGAGGCAGCCAACACAGUCCACUCGCGCGUCGCUCCGCUGGUCCUCCAAAAAUUCCAGGAUCUCGCGCAGAGCUAUGACGACGAGCUGAAAGAAAAAGACGAGGCGGAAAGAGAGGCGCGCCGCAUCCUGCUCAACACGCAAGCCGAGCUGGCCAACCUGCGCGCUCAGAUCGCCGACCUCGAAUCGCGCAUCGAACCCGAUGAGGUAGCCGCCAAAGUCGAGGCUGACGCUAAGGCCGCAGCCCAAAAGGUGCUCGCCUACGUAACCCACCAGAACCGCAUCGCCGUGCGAGAGGCCGUCAACCGCGAGCUGGCAUCCCUGUCCCAGCUGCCCAACGGCGAGGCGGCCGAUCAAAAUGCCAAAACCAACGGCGACAAAGUUGAGGAUGGCAGCAACGACAACAAAACCAAGACCAACAAUGAGGACGAUGACGAAGACGAUGAUGGUUCACUCGAAGAGCGCCUCCAACUGGCGGCCGAGCUGCUGGAGCUCCUCGAGGAGCAGCGCGCCGCCGAGAGGGACUACGUCGAGGCCCGCGGCAUGCUGGGCACGGGCGAGAAGAUCGACAAGUACCGCCACUUGCUGCAGAGCUGUCUGCCGCCUGAGGACCAGGAAAUGCUGGAUGAGAAUCUUGAGGAUAUGAUUAAGAUGAUGGAGGACGAGGCUGAGGUCUUGGCCAUGGCCGAGGCGACGGCGACCGCCACUCAUGGUCAUGCUCAUCAUAGGAAUGCUGGAGGUGGGGGUCACGGUGUUGUUGGGGGCGGUUCGCGCUCGGGUGAGGGUGAACCGAUGGAUGUUGCGCCGCCGUCAUAG